AUGCGCUGGAACUUGCGGCCAAGCGUGCCUGCGAUCGACUUGGCAAGAGACGUUUUCCCCACGCCGGGUGGUCCUGUUAGCAGGAGAAUCGGUGCUUUCAAAGAUGGUUGCACAGGUUUGGUAGCAACGUCGUCAGAAAUAAACUCCGGCUCCGCUUUGGAAACGUUGCGGUCCAUGUCUUGGAAACUGAUCUCGGUAUCGUCUCUUUGCCACGGCAUGUCCAUCACCACCUCUAGGUACGUUCUUAGAACCUGGUACUCCGACGAGCUGGAUUGCAUCUGUUUCAAGCGCUGGAAGUCCUUUGUGAUGAGCCGUUUUCCGUCGUCGUUGAUUGCGAAAUGGUCGAUCGACUCGAUGAACUGCUGGAACGGUUUCAAGUCGUCGUCCUCUUCGUCCUGGGCCCUGCGAGCCGACGGUUUGGCCAACCCAAUCUGUUCCACCAACGCACGCAGGUUUUUCAGGUGGCUCGAUAUGAAUUGCGACCGCGCAAGGUUGCCGUGGGACUUGCCGUUCUUGAGAUCCAGAUCAGACCAUAUUUCGUUCAGAUAG